AUGGCCCUGUUCCUUGCAGCUUCUUUCAUCUCUUACUCAUGGAGUGCUCCUCAGGGUCACUUCCAAAGAAGAAACUGGACUCCUCAGGCUAUGCUCUAUUUAAAGGGUGCACAGGGACGUCGAUUCAUCUCAGAUGAGAGCCAGAGGAAGGACCUCUAUGACAGAUUGCAGCUAGGUUUAGAUCUGAGAAAGUGUGUUGGCUUUGUCUCUCCAGAAACACGCAGCCAAAAUACAAAUCCUAUAUCUCUGUCGGAGGCUGCAGAACUAUUUCUUAACUCCUUACGGAAAGCACAAGAAGCAGAAGAAGAAACCAAUGAUCACCCUGGAUACUUAACAGACAAUCUAUUAAACUGGUGAAAGUUUCAAGUUGCAUCAACAUGCCUAUUCAUCUCCCUUGAACCCAUGGUCUAUGUAAGCAAAACAUUCUGAUUCAUCUGACUCCACCUAUGUUCUGAAGGAAUAAAGCUUGGACUCAUUUGUGCA